CCUCCCAUGUUCCUCACACCAGCAGAGCUUGCUGCCUGCAGCGUCUUCAUCAGCUACUUCGCUAUUAUCGGGGCCCUGUUUGCGCUCAUAUCACGUGAUCUCGCCCGUCGCGUUCAGAAGCCUGUCAGCGAUCGCUUAUACAUGUUUGGCGGGCUGACAGUAUGCUCGUUUGCGCAUACUUGGUUCUACAUGUUCAAGUUCAUGGCCUGGAGUUUUCGCGAUUUCGAGGCGAGUAAUAUAGUCCAUCCCGACACACCCAUUAUCGUACGAAUCAGCCGCUGGCUAUUGAACACGUCGCUAUUCGAGCAAGCAUGGGCACGCGUGUGUUUUGGCAAGGUGAAUUGGUGGUGGAGCCAGCAGCUGUGUUUAUAUACCGUUGGCGGGUGGACGGUCUUCCUCGCCAUAGAAGGCCAACGACACCACAUAAAGCGUGUCUGGGCAUAUAUGCUCUUAGGCCAGCUCGUCGCCAUCUCUGUCGCGUCAAAUUUGUUUUACCUUGCACUUGCUCUCAGCCCUUCUCACCCACGCCAGCACGGCCCGCGACAAAGGGCCCCACUCACCCUGUGGCUCCCUGUCGUUCUCUCGCUGAUCACCGUCGCAGCAAGCCCAUUCACCGACACCAAAACGUUCCUCCCUAAUUUGCUGGUCAUGCACGCGCUUACUAUGAUUCCGCUUCUCUUCCCCACCCACAAAAGCUCCUCCGGAGUAGUGACCAUCCAGGCCCUAUAUUCACAAAUAGCCUUCGUAUCGAUCUUUCUAUCCGCCUUUGCUGGCUUUUCUGCAUUCUCCGACUCUGCUUCGUUUUCACAAGUGAUGCAAUCCAUAUGGGCCACCCUCCACGAGCACCCAGCCCAGUCUUCAAUCGGUUGGGACGUCGUAUGGACCAGUCUCUCUCUGUUGGUUUGGUACCGGUCCUUCCUGGACAACCUCGUCACAAAGAUUCUAGCAGCAUCCGCCUUACCGAUUCUCUCUCUCGGCGCGACUGCACCUCUUCUGGGUCUGUAUCCACCCACGCCAACAAUCAAACUCGACUAA